UUCCAUUUGAGCUCAUGAAUGGUUUCAAUCCUCUCACUCCAUUGGAAUUGAUGCCAUUAUCUUUGAAAGAGCAAGUCAACCUCGAUGGAGCAAAGAAGGCGAAGUUAGCGAAGAGCCUCCACGAGAAGGCUAGGUUCAACAUCGAGAGGAGAACUGAGCAAAUUAUGAAGAAUGUGAACAAGCACAGGAAACCGAGGCACUUUGAAGUUGGAGAUUGGGUGUGGGUGCACUUGAAGAAGGAGAGAUUUCCACAGCAAAGGAAAUCGAAGUUGCUGCCUCGUUGUGAUGGUCCUUUCCAGGUGGUUUCUAAGGUGGGAAGCAAUGCCUAUAAGAUCGAUUUUCCAGGAGAGUAUGGAGUAAGUGCCACGUUCAAUUUUGCUGAUCUUGCACCUUACUUGGAUUGUAAUUCGUAUUUGAGGGCAAAUCCUUUUGAAGGAUGAGCUUAUGAGGGCAUCCAAGGGCCAGUCGACACGCUAUGACACAACACCAAACUGCGACCAAGUGUAAUCGCAGUCUAGGAAUGCAGUAAAGUGGCAAGUCUAAUUAUCAACCCGGGGUCUAGAUCUACUGCUUACUCCGUGAGUAUCUAUUAUCUAGCCAACUAAGUCGAUUGGUUGUGGUUUUAACUAAAAGCAGUAAGAAAGCAGGAAAUGGUUGGUUUUCUGAAGCAAAGGAAGAGUCACUCGGGAAUGAGUCCCCCUAGCUCCUUAGUUAGGUCUUAGUUGUAAUUACCCUAGGUUGAUUUACUGUUGAUUAAACUGCGGAAGAUCCGACAGUAGUUUGGAAUCUCUUAAGCUGACCAAGCCCUCUUAGUCUAACUACCCGGCAGAUGACUAGUCUUCACUGGGAUAGAAAGCUGAAGCAAUGAACACAGAACUCCACUACUGGAAUUAGUUUCUAGUACAAAGCAGUGAAUCGACUAACUCUCGUAUAAUCGAUUCACUACCACUGAUUGAAGAGGCUCUAACAAUCUAAUCAGAUUCUAUCUAUCUCAGGUAGCAGCAGAAAUCAAUAAAAGGUGAUCAGACUUCAAUUAACUCAUUCAAAAUACUUCAAUCAAUUAUAAUCAAGCAAUAUCACAAUUCAAACGUAAUUACAAUCAAGAUUCCUAACACAUGGAAUUAGGAUUCUUCAUACCCAAGUGAGAGAAAGUUCUACUCCAUAGAGAGAGAGAGGAAAACAGAAACCAGUGUAGUCAUACUCAUAAAGAUGAGGAAAAUCUGCUCUGGGAUGUCAAUCUUCACUCCUGGAGACGCAAUCUGGGCUUCAAUGGUGAGAAAUCCACUCCAAAUAGCUCCUAGGAUUUGUUCUUCGCCCUUUCUCUCUCUAAAACUAUGUUUUUGCUCCAAAAAGUCGACCCCCUCUCCUUUGGCUCGAAUCUGCCUCAAAAACCCGAUUCUGGGUGAAUUACGGGCAAAUUACAGUCGUAAUCAUGGUAUGCGCGUAAUUUCCCAAAACGCGCGUUUCACUUGACUCGGAAGAGAGGAUUUACGGUCGUAAUUUCCCAAUUACCGCCAGUAAUUAUGGAAUUACGACCGUAAUCAAUAUGACCCUUGCCCGUAAUUGUCUCUGCGACAGGAAUUUUGAAGAAUUAGGCUCGGCAUUGAAAUUAUGGGCAUGCCAGGAACAAUUACGACCGUAAUUGUGCAAGGGCUGCCCGUAAUUUUCUCUUUGAAACACAACCCGACCUCCAAAUGACCCGAAACUUGCGCCUAUGCACCUCUUUACUUGCUAGGACCUGAAAUACGACAAAACAACACAACCUAGCGUAAAAUAGGCCAAAGAACAACAAAUUUGAGCUAAAAUGGUCAGGAAACAAGAGUGAAAACGUGUGCAAAUACGAUGCUAUCACCAGUCACACAUGCUAAGACAAGAACAUUGAAAGAGAAGCUCGCAAAUUAUUUGGUGAAUCAUUUUGGAGCUAUGGACGUGGAGCUGUUUAGAGUAAGGCCUUAUAUGAUGAUUCGAGUGGAGGAAGAAGGAAGUCUGGAAGAGACGGCAGAAUGCAAUAAGCGGGCUUAACGGGU